UGCCUGUCCUCUGGUCUGAUAGGACUCCCGCACUGAGCAAUCUUACUGCUGGGGCUGCACGGAGAGAGAGAGAGAGACUAAGAAACUUUUAUCACAGAGCAGCAGCAGCUGGGAUUGCAUUUGAUUUAUUCUCUAAAGAGAGUGUUUAGAUACAGACCCAGGUCACAGAGUUAUAUAGAUAGAUAUUUUUUGUUCAUUUUGUUUUGUUUCUUUGAGUCUGGAGCAUGAAUGCGUUGCAGUCUGUGCCUAGGGGGAUCUCCUGUCCUCCGCAGGACCGGAAUUGCACCCAGAUCCUGGAGACUUUGUCUGCGUGGAACGACUCGGGGAUCAGUGCCUACAGGCUAGUGGAGCUGCCCACUAUGCCCACUCAGGUGACGACAGUGCAUGAGACCACACACCCCUUCCCCACAGUGGAUGUUCCAGACCACGCCCACUACAUCAUCGGCGCCGUCAUCCUCGCUGUGGGCAUCACGGGCAUGCUGGGAAACUUUCUGGUCAUCUACGCCUUUAGCCGGUGUAAGAGUCUGCGAACCCCAGCGAACAUGUUCAUUAUAAACCUGGCGAUCACAGACUUCCUCAUGUCAGUCACCCAAGCGCCUAUCUUCUUCACGACCAGCCUGCACAAGAGAUGGAUAUUCGGAGAGAAGGGCUGUGAGCUGUAUGCGUUCUGUGGCGCUCUGUUUGGCAUCUGCUCCAUGAUCACGCUGAUGGUGAUUGCUAUUGAUCGGUACUUCGUGAUCACGCGGCCGCUGGCCUCCAUCGGGGUGAUGUCACGGAAGCGCGCCCUCCUCAUUCUCUCGGGGGCGUGGCUCUACUCCCUAGGCUGGAGCUUGCCGCCGUUCUUCGGAUGGAGUGCCUACGUCCCGGAGGGCUUGCUCACCUCAUGCACCUGGGACUACAUGACCUUCACCCCGUCAGUGCGCGCCUACACCAUGCUGCUCUUCAUCUUCAUCUUCUUCAUCCCCCUCAUCAUCGUCAUGUACUGCUACUUCUUCAUCUUCCGGGCCAUCCGCUCCACCAACAAGGCGGUGCACAAGAUCAGCUCUGAUGACAAUAAGGAGUCUAUGAAGCAGUACCAGCGCAUUAAGAAUGAGUGGAAGAUGGCGAAGAUCGCUCUCAUCGUCAUCCUCCUCUACGUCAUCUCCUGGUCUCCCUACUCCGUCGUGGCACUGACCGCUUUCGCCGGAUACUCUGACAUGCUGACUCCCUACAUGAACUCUGUGCCUGCAGUGAUCGCCAAAGCGUCUGCCAUCCACAACCCCAUCAUCUACGCCAUCACCCACCCCAAAUACAGGAUUGCGAUUGCUAAGUAUAUCCCGUUUCUGAGGGUGCUGCUCAGGGUGUCUCGCAAGGACAUGCACUUCUCCAGCAGUUACCCCUCGACCCGCCGCUCCACCGCCACAAGCCAGUCCUCCAAUCUGAGCUCCACCUACCAUCGUGAGCGCAGGACCCGCCUCUCCUCCGCCUCGGACAGCGAGUCUGGCUGGACGGACACAGAGGCGGACUUGUCCAGUAUGAACUCGCGGCUGGCCAGUCGCCAGGUCUCCUGUGAGAUCAGCAAGGACACGGCCGUUGUGCUGGUCAGCAAGACAAAGCUGAAGAGCCACGACUCGGGAAUCUUUGAGAAGGUAACGGGCCCGGCCACCUCUGCACCAGCAUGCUACCGGCAGGAAAACAACUCUGUUGACGUCAAUGACAUCUCGAUGGUGGAAGUCAGCCAAUCAGGACAUAGCUCCCCUACCACUGCAGGUGAUGUCACGGAGGGGCGUGCUGGUGGGCAGAUCCCAAGCAUUGUCAUCACCUCAGAGCCAAGCCCCGCCCUCAGGGCCAGUGGCCACAUCUCCCCAGUUGGAACAGCAAAUAGCAGUGUGGGGGUGGCGCCCAUCACCGUGGAAGCACUUGGAGGGCUCCAGCAGGGGGCAGUCUUCCCCGCCCACACUACAGAGACCCCGCCCCCUGAGGACAGCACCUGAACGCGUCAGGCAAUCACAGAGUAGAGCACAGAGAGGAUUUGAUUUGUAUAUAUAAUAGUAUUAAAGUCUAUAAUUUAAUGGCAGCAUACCAUUUUUAUACAACUGUCAAAGCUGGUAACGUGUCAGCUUAGCACAAGUUCUAUUUUAUAUGCCAGCAAAAUUGUCCAUGCCGACAUGGCAACGUUUUAAAAUAGUUAACCACUCCCAUUAUUUACAGUGUGUUAAAGAGUUAAUGGCAUUGCUGUGGAGUGUUACCAGGUAAUAAUGGAACUCUUGAGUCAAUAUUGCCCAUUAUUGAGUAAUAACAGAAUGGCUGACCUCCAUAGAAAACAAUGGCAUAGCAGUGUCCGGCUGUUGCCCCAGUUGUCUCUACUAACUUGGUUUGUGUUUUUCAGGCACAAUAAAAGCAGAUGAAAUGCAUGAAAAACACAAGUCAAGUUAGUAGAAACAAUUGGGGCAACCUUGACCCCCACCGCUUUGACAGUUGUGCCUACUUGUUUGGUGGUGGCCAAGGUUUCCCUGAUUUGUUUCUUCUAACUUAGCUUGUGUUUUGGAUACAAGUGAGAAGAAACAAUUGGGGCAACCUUGGCCCCCAUCAGUUUUACAGUUGUGCCUAUUUGCUUUGUGCUGGGUAAGGUUUCCCCAAUGGUUUCUUGAAACUUAGCUUGUGUUUUUGAUAUCUCUACUUUAAAUGGCUGGGCACUUUUGAUAACUUGGCGUUUUUUCACAUUUCCAAUGUGUUUUUGUUUCAGGUAUCACUUCUUUUUUCACUUUAUAACACACACACACACAUUAUGGGAACAGCAAAACUGUUCAUCCUAUAUUGAGGCAAUGUAUUGCCGUUUGGAUAGGGUAAAUGUAAAUAGUAGCCUAGUCUAUUGAAAGGGUUAAGAUGUGAAUCUGUGUAGCAUAGCGGUUAUGUACUUGAAGUGAAAGUAUGACUAGUUAGGGUUCAGUAUAUAUAUACAUUGAACCCGGUACACCCCUAAAUAGUGAUCCCCCCCCUCUGCCCUAUUGGCAUUUACAUACACACUGUCCAAUCGCUCAGACCCUCGGUCCCACACAAACAGCUGGUUGGCAGAACCAAGCACAAAUCACAGUGCAGCCAACACAGACCCCAUCUACACACAACUGCACUGUGCAUGUGACGCCCCAGGCACCGUGCCAGCACUGCCUAGACACAAAACGCUCUUCUACUCACAGCAGUACACUAACACUCCGGCACCAACUUACCCCACCCCAGCAUCCAGUCCCAAGCAGUCCCAAAUUGACCCGCUGUUACACUGCCCCCCACUCAAACACUGGCCUGGUCCCGGUGUGGCAGCCAGUGUGGUUGUCAGGGCGGAGAACAGCAACGGAUGGGUCCUGGCGGCAUGUUUGAGGGUGACGCAAUGUGACGACCACUUCAGGGGCUGUGCCGCAUCACAGGGCUUCAGGGCAGUCACCAAUCCCAGACCCCUGUGCCAGUCCUGGAUGGCAGUCCCUCCUGGGUCUGGGCUUCCUGGGACCGCUGGCCCUCUCCAAACAGCGGGGCAGAGGCUAGCUAGCACAGCCCCAACAGCAACCUUGGAACCUGACUGCUGUUUGGCGAGGGCUGGGUGCUGCAGCGACGGCGUGGGGCACUCUCUCUAGGGUGGCGAUCCCACUCUCUCUCCGCACCCCCAGCUGUGCUCUCUCCCACUCAUCCGGUGCGGGGCUCUCUGAUUCAGCGGGUGGUAGGAAGACAAAUAGGAAAGAAAGAGCCGUCAAAUUUAAAGGCGUAUCUACCUGCCUGCGCUUUUGGUCUCCAUUUUGUCAUGUAUGUGUUUUUAAAUAGUAUUUUAAAAGGCAUUGGGGUUUUAGAGGAGUGCUGGAGAUGGGCUGUAUUGGUUUUAUUGCUGUUUUUUAUUUGUGAUCCCCGUCUCUGUGCAGGUAUUGAGCCUCACUGCCCUUUAGUUUGAAACUGUAAUUCUGUGUUUAGUUAUUGUUUUAAUUAAUGGGCAGUGUAAACCGCUUCCCGUGACUGUGUAUUCGAGAUCUGCCCUGUUUGUUAAGUAUAGUUUACCACCUGUAUUUAAUAAAAUGAUGUUCAUUACCCGA